AUGCCGGCGUCGUCCUCGUCGCCGGCGAUGGCGUCGCAGCAUGCGCCGACGCCGCGGGAGCUCGACCUCGACGCUUUCCUCCCGACGUCUCCGACCUCCUCCGCGUCCUCCGACGCCGACGCAGCCGACCCCGACCACCGCCGCGCCGUCGACGACCUGCUCCGCCUCCUCUCCUCCUCAGACUCCGACUCCGACUCCGAGGAGUCCAGCCGCAUCCCCAGCAGCACCAGCAGCGGGGCGCCGUCCCGCGUCCAAGCCCCGGCGCCUCCCGCUGAGCCCUCGCCGUUGCCGUCCCCGCCCCCGCCCCCGAGGAGAUCCGCAUCGGCCUCGCCGUCGGAGACCCUCUCCUCCCUCGUCGCGAGAACCUUCUCGAGCAACGGCGCUUCCUCGUCGUCGAGGCCCCUCCCCUCGCUCUUCCGGGGCGUCCGCCCCAGCCCCAAGCCCGGCGCCGCACUUGCCGCUGCCGCCGCAGCCUCCCGCGCGGUCCUCACCCCACACGCCGCUGCCAUCAAGUCCCGCCGAUCAGUCUCGGCGCCCGUGGAGAAAGUUCUGGUGGAAGAGGGGAGUGGCUCCGAAGACUCCAAGGAGCUCCCUCCCACUGGGAGCUUGGAAGCAGAGGUAGAAGAGAAGGGUAAUUCGGAACCGGUUGCUGAGGCGACCAAGCAAACUGCAGGUGGGAGUGUGGGUACAGAAUUGGGAGAGGAUGAACAGGCAGAAGCGGGAGGUGAAGAGAAUGCUGAGGCUAUAAAGCUGGUGGAGGCAAGUUCUCUGGACUCUCUUGUUGCAGAGGAAUCCAGUGGGCAUGAGCAAGGUGAUGAUGUCAAUUUGGCGGAAACUGACCAAGUUGUGAAUCAAAUUGAGGCUGUCUAUGAGGAAAAUGGGGAUGGCGAAACUGUAGAUGAUAAUCAUGUGCAAUCAGAUCAGGGUAUGGAUCUAAUUGGGGUUGUUUCUGAGGAAAGUUCUGAUGAUGAACAGGAAUUUGAAAGAUCUGACAGUAUCAUGGAAGAAAAAGUGGAAUCUGGGAGCUUAAUUGAUAAAGUGAUUGAAGAGAGGGUAGAGCAGCUGGAGGCCAGCAGGAAGGCCGAGAAGAACGCAGAGAAGAAGCUGAAGGUGUCAAUGAAGCCGUUGGAGUGGGCAGAGGAGCUUGAGAAGAGGCAGGCCUCGUUUGGUCAACACUGGGAGGAAGGAGCAGCUGCGCAGCCCAUGCAACUAGAGGGAAUCGGAAAGGGCCCACCAGCUAUCGGUUACAUGCAAAUUGAGAUGGACAACCCAGUAACUCGUGCCAUGUCCUCACCGUCGUUUAGGUCAGACCAUGGAUCUCCCCAGGUGCUGGCUGUUCAUAAGAGCUAUAUAGCAAUGGGCACAUCUAAAGGUGCUGUCAUUGUCAUUCCAAGCAAAUACUCCAUUCAUCAAGCUGAUGAUACAGAUGCAAAGAUGCUGUUCUUUUGGAACCAAGGCGAGAGGACUCGAUCACCAGUGACUGCCAUGUGCUUUAACCAACAAGGGGAUCUUCUGCUAGUAGGAUAUGGUGAUGGUCAUAUGACAAUUUGGGAUGUACAGAAAUCUGCAGCAGCAAAAGUUAUAUAUGGCGAGCAUACAGCACCAGUAGUGCAUGCUUGUUUUAUCCGUCAAUCUAAAGCCAUCACUGGGGAUUCAAAGGGGGUAGUUCUAUUGCACACGUUUUCCAUUAUCCCCGUAAUUAAUCGUUUGACUGUCAAGGGAACUCAGCGCCUUUUUGAUGGGAAUACUGGAAUUGUGCUCUCAGCCUGUCCUCUUGUUAUGGAUGAAUCUUUUGGUUUUAGUAACUCAUCUGCCCAGGGAAAUCAGACAACUUCCUCCAGUGGUAGUCUUGGCAGCAUGAUGGGUGGUGUUGUUGGAGGUGUGGUUGGAGUAGAUUCUGGAUGGAAGUUUUUCAAUGAAGGCUCUUCUCCAAUGGAGGAUGGUGUUGUAGUCAUGUUUAUUAUGCAUCAACAUACUCUUGUGGUUAGACUCCGUACCAAUAUUGACCAUGUUGACCAUAUUGAGACCUUCUCUAGACCAGAUGGAGCACGUGAGGGCUCCAUUGCGUAUGCUGCGUGGAAAUACACAUCAUCUUUGAAUGAAUCGUCAUCAGUAGAUGAAGAACGAGUGUCAUGGCUAGCACUUGCAUGGGACCGUCAAGUGCAAGUUGCAAAGUUUGUUAAAUCUAAGAUAUUUAAACACAAGGAGUGGAAGCUUGAUAGUGCAGCUGUUGGUGUUGCCUGGUUGGAUGACCAGAUGUUAGUUGUCCUUAAUUUGAGAGGGCAGCUCUGUUUAUUCUCUAAAGACGGCAGUGAGCUUCGCAGAACUACCUUUGUUCCUGAUGGCCUUCUUUUUGAUGACACAAUAUUGCACCAUGCACAUUUUUUUAACAGGUUUGGUAACCCAGAGAGGCAUUUUAACAGUUCAGUAGCAGUAAGAGGUGCUACAGUGUAUAUUCUUGGGCCAUCUUUUCUCACGGUUUCCCGACUUCUUCCAUGGAAAGAGCGAAUUGAAGCACUAAAGAGGGCUGGCGAUUGGAUGGGUGCACUAGACAUGGCGAUGAGGCUUUAUGAUGGUCAGACACAGGGUGUUGUUGAUCUCCCAAGAACGGUUGAUUCGAUUAGAGAAGCCAUAAUGCCUUACCUAGUAGAAUUGCUGCUAUCAUAUAUAAGUUAUGUUUUUGAAUAUAUUUCAAUUGCACUGUCAAAUCAUACUGGAAAAGGGGGAGAAUCAGAUGUUCUAAUAGAGGCAGAUCGAUCCCUGCUUACACAAAGAGAUGAGCAGUACGCUCGUGUAGGAGGGGUUGCAGUUGAGUAUUGUGUCCACAUUGGACGUAAUGAUAUCCUUUUCGAUACGGUCUUCUCUAAGUUUGUUGCUGCACAAAGUGGAGGUAUGUUUCUGGAGGUGCUAGAGCCCUAUAUAUUGAAGGAUAUGCUUGGUUCUCUGCCCCCUGAGAUCAUGCAAGCACUAGUGGAGCAUUAUAGUGGCAAAGGAUGGUUGCAGCGAGUUGAACAAUGCAUCCUUCACAUGGAUAUUUCUUCAUUGGACUUUAAUCAGGUAGUCAGACUUUGUCAUGAACACGGGCUAUACGGUGCACUAAUUUAUUUAUUUAACCAAGGCCUGAAUGAUUUCCGUACACCUCUAGAGGAACUUCUAUCAGUAGUUCAGAACACCAACAGUAAAGAUGAUACUUCUAGUGGAUACAGGAUGCUUGUUUAUCUGAAAUAUUGCUUUCAGGGCUUGGCAUUUCCUCCAGGGCAUGGGAUAAUUCCCCGAUCCCGGCUUCAUUCAGUGAGGGAAGAACUCCUGCAAUUUCUGCUUGAAGAGUCUAAGCCACUCACUUCUGAAGUAUUUAAGGGUUUUAAUGCUUCUUGUGGAAAGUGCCUAAACAUAUGCUAUCUUCUAUGGAUGGAUACUGAAGCUACUUUGGAAGUCCUCAAAUGUGCUUUUGUACAGGAUAACUUUGAACCUAGAGAUGAACUUCCAAGUACUGUCCAUACGUCUGUCUCAGGCAAUGAAGAUAGUAUUGACGCUGGAAGCCCAGAGAGCCAAAAUACUAUGGUACAAAAUGUAGUUGAUGCCAUCAUUGACAUUGUUGGUUUGAAAAAUGAUGUGAUUCGGUCCGUUGUCAUGGGUAACACUGAAUCAGAAUUUUGGCCUUCGGAGAAGGAUUUUAGCUAUUUAAUGGAGUUUGUGUCCUUUUUUGUUUCCCACAAAAGGGCUAAUGCAUCUAAGAGAGUUGUUAGGCACAUUCUUACUUAUCUCAUUUCAUCAUAUGAUGACACAAGAACAAGGACUCAGAAAGAAAAAGAAGUUCUUCAACUCUUCAAUGCGGUUCCCCAAAAUGAUUGGAAUUCAGAUUUUGUCUUGAACCUUUGUUCAGAUGCUCAUUUCUAUCAGGCCUGUGGCUUGAUAUUUACGACUAGGAAUCAGAAUUUGGCUGCUUUAGAUAGUUACAUGAAGGAUGAAGAGGAACCUUUCCAUGCUUUUAUCUUCAUUGAUAAAAAGUUACUAGAAUUGGUUGAUGAUGAAGUUUUGUCAUUUCAUACCACUGUAAUAUCUCGCUUUCCUGAGCUAGUCAAGCUAAGCAGGGAGUGUGCAUUUGUCUUGGCCAGUGAUCAUUUCUGUGAUAAGAUACAGCAAAUAUUAGCAGAGCUUCAUUCUGACAGACACAGCCUCUUUCUUUUCUUGAAAACUGCUAUUGAAGCACACUUGUCUGGAAAACUUGACCUCAGUAAGCUUGAAGUAAGAAACAAACAAACUGUUGAACUCCAGUACUCUUCUACUGACGUUGAAGAUUAUCAGCAGAGGCUAUCAAAUCUCUCCAAGUUAUGCCACAAUCCUGUUUACAUCGACGACGAGUUAGUUGAACUCUAUCUGGAGCUUUUAUGUCAGUAUGAGCGAAGGUCUGUUCUGAAGUUUCUGGAGACUUUUGACAGUUACAGAUUGGAGCGGUGCUUGCAUUUUUGCCUAGAUUAUGGAGUUACAGAUGCUGCUGCAUUCUUGCAAGAGAGGGUUGGUGAUGUUGGGAGUGCCUUAGACCUUAUUCUGGCUGGACUUGAUGAGAAAAUUAGCCUAUUUAUCUCUUCUGUGGAAAAUACUUUCUCUGGUGUCGCAUCAAAAAGUAUCUCUGAAAUUAAGCAACUAGACAUUGUUCUAGAAAUGAGUGAGGCUCAUCCAGUGCUUGAUGCAUUGCAUGCCUCCAUUGGAUUGUGCCAAAGGAAUUCACAGCGCUUGGACCCAGAGGAAUCUCAGUCCCUUUGGUUCCAAUUGCUUGACUCCUUCUCAGAGCCAUUAAAAAAAUUGUAUGGAAUCAAGGAUGUAAAUGGAAAAGGUGCCAGGUCAAAUUGGAGUGAAGCACCAAUGGAACAUCUGAAGGAAAAAGGACUAUCUCAACAAAUGAGGAUUUCAACUAAACAAAAGUGCCUAAAUGUUCUGCGAAAAGUAUUUUCACAAUGUGUUGGAGAAACAAUAGAGGCCAUGGCUGGGUAUAUACCCCUACCAGCAAUCAUGGCAAAACUGUUAUCCGAUAAUGGGAGUCAAGAGUUUGGUGAUUUCAAACUUGUGAUACACAGAAUGUUAUCUAUGUAUCUUUACGAAAAAAGAAUACUGGAAACAGCUAAGUCAGUAAUUGAGGAUGACUCAUUUUAUACCUUGAGCUUAUUAAAGAGAGGAGUUUGUCAUGGGUUUGCUCCAGAGACUUUUGUAUGCUGCAUAUGCAACUGCUCACUUUCUAAAGAAGGUGCUAUUUCAGCCGUACGGUUGUUCAGUUGUGGGCAUGCAACACAUCUUCAGUGUGAGUCUGGUCAGACCAGGUCAUCCAAUCAGGAAUCCAAAGAGGGAUGCCCUGUCUGUCUCUCGACGAGUGAUACACAAGCUCGAAGCAAAUCACCUAUGUUUGAGAAUGGGCUAAUGAAGUAUUCUGGGGCUGAACAUGAAGUAUCACAUGGCAUCCAUCAGAUUCAUGAAGUUGAUCAUGCUGAGAGAUCUCGUGGGCUUCAACAGAUGUCACGGUAUGAAAUACUGAAUAAUCUUCAGAAAGCGCAGAAGUCCUUUCAUAUAGAAACCGUACCUCCAUUGAAACUUGCACCGCCAGCUAUAUAUCAUGAGAAGAUACAGAAGAGGACCACUUCAGUUGGUGAAACUAGCAAACAUUCAGUUAGAAGUCAGAAACCCCAGAAAAUAUGGCAAAUGAAGGAGCAAAAAUCAAAACAGACUGGGAGUCGUCAUCCACAAAAGUCAAGUUUUCUACGUAAAUAG